CCCGCACCCAAGUCGUCCUUCUCUUCCACCCUAGAAAGAAAGAAGUCGUCUCUCUCCUCCCAACUCCGCAUCCGCCCUCGCCUCGAGCCUCCAUCGGCAAACCUCGCCGAGACGCAGACCGACCACGACACCGCCGCCGUCCAAGGCCCAGAGAUCCGAGCCCCCCUCGCCCUCCCUUCCGUGCUUCCUGCCAACGACGGGAGGCGGAGAAUCCCCCACCCCACAGAUCCAGGAUCUGCCCGCCGCCGGAGAACCCUAGAGGGUCCACCCAGGCCCGGAGGUGACUUCCCUGACCUUUCGGAACUACGCUAGCACUGGGCUUUCUCCCUAUUGAAUCCAAGUUUUCAUUGUAAUGGAGGCAGCUUUGAAUAUGUCACUUGAUGAUAUGAUUAAGAACAGAAGUGGGAGGGGAAGAGGAAGGGGAAGGGGACAGAGGGUUGGUCGAGGCCGAGGUGAUGGCCAAAGGUCAGGCAGAGGUGAUGGCCAAAGGCUAGGCCGUGGACGCGGUGCUGGAACCUUCCGUGGAAGGGGAGUGCCUUACCAAAGGCCACUUGGUGUCAAUACUCGCUCGUCAUCGUAUGCUAUUGCCAAGUCAUUCAACAAAACAAAGGAUUUUGCAUGGACACAUGAUCGGUUUGAGGAUAGCAUGGUGGCUGCUGGACUUCCUGGGAUAGAAACUGGUACCAAGCUGUAUGUUUCAAACUUGCACUACGGAGUGACAAAGGAAGAUUUACAGGAACUUUUCUCUGAAAUGGGUCAUUUGAAGAACUGCAUUGUUCAUUAUGACAAUAAUAGACACCCAACUGGUUCAGCUGAGGUGAUAUUCACUAGGAGGAGUGAAGCUGUUCAAGCAUUGAAACGAUAUAAUAAUGUACGCCUUGAUGGGAAAGAAAUGAAGAUCGAAAUGAUUGGAGCAAAUUUGGGUUUGGCUGCUGCUCCUGCACCUCGUGUUAAUGUUGUUUCAGGCGCAAGAGGAAGAGGACAGAGAGAAGUUGUGAUGUCCCAUCCAAAUGGGUUUGGUCGAGGUGCAACUGACUCGUCUAGUUUCCUUCCUGGGUGGAAGCGCAACAACGGCUUUGCUCAAAGAGGAGGAUCGGUCCGUGGGCGUGGGCGUGGCCGUGGCCGUAGCACCUUUGGUCGAGGUCGUGGACGUGGCGUCUAUGUACGGAAGGGGUUGGUGAAAUCGGCUGACCAAUUGGACAAGGAGCUGGACACCUAUCAUUCUGGAGCAAUGAAUGUUGACUAAGAUGCUGCAUCUUAUCACAUUGAACCUAGAACUUGGCUGAGGCUUUGAAUUUGAGCUUGUUUUAUGUGUGGUUUGCUGCCGAGUUGCCGUUGGUCAUCUCCCAGUUGUGUGCACAUAUGUUACAUGUCUUUUACAUCAAGCUUGAAAACCGUAGAUUUGAACUGCAGUUCCUAGUUCUAGUCCAGCAGUAACAUUGUAAUUGGUGGUUAACAGCUUUGAGCAACCAUUUGUUUUCGGUGGCUGUUGCCGUUUAGUAUGUUUUCUUCUGAUGAUUUA